AUGCACACGGGGGAGAAGUCUGCCCUGCAGAGUUCAGCCAGAGGACGAACCUACAGCAACACAAGCAGACACAUCCGUGCAAAACUCCAUACAAGUGUGAUAAUCUGCCCUGUGGAGUUCAGCCAGAGCGAGCACCUAAGGUAUCACAAGCCGACAUGCAGGGACGAGAAGCCAUACAUGUGUGAUGUUUGCCCCUGCAAAGUUCAUCCACAGCAGGAGCCUACCGCUACACAGGUGACACGGGCGAGAAGCCAUACAAGUGACACGAGCGAGAAGCAAUACAAGUGCGAUGUCUGCCCUGUGGAGUUUAGCCAGAGCGGGCACCUAAGGUAUCACAAGCCGACACGCAGGGACGAGAAGCCAUGCAAGUGUGAUGUUCUCCCCUGCGGAGUUCAUCCACAGCAGGAGCCUACCGCUACACAGGUGACACGACCGGAGAGGGGACCUCAAGCGUCACAAGCGGGCACAACAGGACAAAAGCCAUACAAGUGUAAUGUCUGCACUGCAGUGUUCAGUAGGGGAGCGUACUUACAGCAUCACAAGCGGACACACACUGGAGAGAAGCCAUACAAGAGUGAUGUUCGCCCCUGCGGAGUUCAUCCACAGCAGGAGCCUACCGCUACACAGGUGACACGGUCGAGAAGCCAUACAAGUGUGAUAAUCUGCCCUGUGGAGUUCAGCCAGAGCGAGCACCUAAGUUCAUCCACAGCAGGAGCCUACCGCUACACAAGUGACACGGGCGAGAAGCCAUACAAGUGGGAUAUCUGCCCUGUGGAGUUCAGCCAGAGCGAGCACCUAAGUUCAUCCACAGCAGGAGCCUACCGCUACACAGGUGACAUGGGCAAGAAGCCAUACAAGUGUGAUAUCUGCCCUGUGGACUUCAGCCAGAGCGAGCACCUAAGGUAUCACAAGCUGACACGCACGGACGAGAAGCCAUACACGUGUGAUGUUCGCCCCUGCGGAGUUCAUCCACAGCAGGAGCCUACCGCUACACAGGUGGCACGGGCGAGAAGCCAUACUACAGGAGCCUACCGCUACACAGGUGACACGGGCGAGAAGCCAUACAAGUGUGAUAUCUGCCCUGUGGAGUUCAGCCAGAGCAGGCACCUAAGUUCAUCCACAGCAGGAGCCUACCGCUACACAAGUGACACGGGCGAGAAGCCAUACAAGUGUGAUAUCUGCCCUGUGGAGUUCAGCCAGAGCGAGCACCUAAGGUAUCACAAGCCGACACGCACGGACGAGAAGCCAUACAUGUGUGAUGUUCGCCCCUGCGGAGUUCAUCCACAGCAGGAGCCUACCGCUACACAGGUGACACGGGCGAGAAGCCAUACAAGUGUGAUGUCUGCCCUGUGGAGUUCAGCCAGAGCGAGCACCUAA